AUGUCCACGACUAGUAAAAAACGACGUUAUCAAACAACUAGUUCACCAAAUGAAUCCGAUGAUGAUACUAAUGAACAAUUAACAAGUUCAACAAGUCAAUUAUCAAAUAAACGACGUGGUUCUGUUGCAGCUGAUUUUGCAUCACAUCGUCUCAUUGUAAGUGAACGACAACAAAUGGCUGUACUUAAACAAUUAACAGCUGGUGAAGAAUCGAAUACUGGAUCACAAUCACCUUCAUCGUUGACUCCACAACCACGUCCAUCAAAAAUUAAUCGACGUAAUGAACAUGGAGAAACAAUUGUUCAUAUUACUGCAAGAAAAGGAGAUUUAAAACAAUUAAGAAAAGUUCUCAAAGCUGGAGCUAAUGUUAAUGAAGCCGAUAAUGCUGGUUGGACACCAUUACAUGAAGCUGUGACUAAAAAUCAAUUUAAGGCAGCACGUCUUCUUUUACAAUCAGGUGCUAAUUCAAAUGCACCUGGGCCUGAAGGUCAAACUCCACUUGUUGAUGCUGUACUUAAUAAUAAUACUAAAAUGGUUGAAUUAUUAUUAAAUUAUUCAGCUGAUCCAUCUGUUGUUGAUUUAACACGUUUAAAUGAAACAAUGUUAAAAGUAUUAAAACGUGAAACAACAGUACUUGAUUCAUCUGAUAAUGAAAAUGAUGAUGAAUCUAUAAGUCCAUUAUCACCAUUAACAAGUGAUAAUGAAUGUGAACAUGAUGAUAAACAAAAUUUUCAUUCAACACUUGUUGAACAAUUAGAUAAGAAUCUCGUACAACGUUCUAAAUUUGCAAAAAUUCAACGAAAACCUAUUCGUCGUUUUCGUGAACGUUCAUCACAAUCAUCAGAUUCAUCAUCAUAUAGUAAAACUCGUACAACAAGUGGAAAUAAUGAUACAUCAUUAUUACCAACAACAGGAAAAAAUCCAUAUGAUUUUGAAAGUGAAGAAGACAAUGAAAUACGUGAACCAACAAAUGAAACUCAUGAUGAAAAUAAGAAAAAAACUGUACGUAAACAAGAUAAUACAAAACAACGUGCUAAUAGUGGAGGUUCAAUUCAAUUAAAUGAAAAUUCCAAUAAAAAAAAACAUUCAAAUAAAGUUGAUUUAGUUAAAGAACAAGAACAACAAAAAUUUCGAUCAACAUCUGAUGAUGAACAAAUACAAAUUUAUCGUGUACCACCAUUGAAAAUUGUUUUAGCAAGAGCCAUUGUACAUAGAACAUCUGAUAUAGAAAGUUUAAAUUCUUCUAAUAUGGACAAUAAUAAUAAUAAUAAUAAUAAUUUAACAGUCGAUACAUCAUCAUUAUCAAUGCCAAUAAUAGAACAAAAUGAAAAAUUAUUAUCAUCAAUGUCAUCAAGUGUUCCUAUUACGUCUUCAGACAGUGAUGAAAAAAUUGUAUUUCAUAAUGAAUAUGAACAAGAUAAUGAAAUCGUUAAAAUAAAUCGAAAUAAAAAUUCUUCUCAUAUGUCUAAUCUCGAUUAUGGUAAAAUCGAUUCAUCUCUCUCACAAUCUCAAUCACCACAAACAGUUAUUGGAACAAUGCUUGAUUCAAUUAUAACACAAAUUGAAACAAAUAAUGAUAAUCAAUUAAAUUCUUUACCGAUUAUUGAAGAUGAUCAAAUGGAAGUUGAUGAUGAUGAUGAGGAGGAUGAUGAAAAUGAAAAUGAAAAUGAAAAUGAAAAUGAUGAUGAUGAUGAUGAUGUAGAACAAGGAACUAUAGAAAAAAAUGAAUCAAAUAAAUCAAUAAUUAAAGUUGACAAAGAACGAUCAACAACAAAAAAUUUAUCAUCCUCAUCAUCAUCAUCAACAACAACAACAACAAAACGUGAUUUGAAACCUACAACACGAACAUUACGAUCACAUGCACGUGCUAAAAUCAAUUUAUCAACAUCAAUACAAAGUUCAUCGAAUGCAUAUAAUAAUGUUCGACGUGUAUCGAGUCGAAGACGUGCUUUAGAAAAAAAAUUAUUCUUAAAUACGACUGAAAAAGAAAAAAAACGUAAAUCAAUAUCAGAACGUUCAAAAAAAGACAAAGAUAAUACGACAACAAAUGAUGAUAUUCAUACAUCAAGUUAUUCCGAUGAUCAAACUAUUGAAAAUACUAAUGUUGAAAAACUAUCUCAUACAACAGCAAAUCCAAAUGAUGAUGCUAGUUCAUGUUCAAGUACAGGUGCUGGCGAUGGAAGUAGUACAAGUAGCUCAACAAUAAAUAACAAACAGUCUAAUACAAAUGCUGAUAUUGAUUCAUUGCCACCUAAUAAACGUCGUUUACGUGAAAGAAAUACUGGAAUAACAAAUACAUCUAUGCCAUCAUUAACAACAGAUGCAUCGAAUAAUUCCAAUUCAACUUCAAAUAUAGAUAAUUCACCAUCAGAAUCAAUGGCAACACGUGAAAUACCAAUUAAUAGUAUUAAGCAAUUUCUUGAAAUUAGACAACAGAUUGACAAACGACAUGAAACAAUGUUAAAUGAAUUUAUUUUACCAAAAGUUCCCAAAGAUUUUUCCGAUACAACAAUGGCAAAAAAAAGUUAUCUUAUUGCUCCACAAUGUAGUUCAUAUUCUACAACAACACCAGCAUCAAUUGGUAUAAAACGUUUAUCACCACCACAUGAUCUGGAUGCACAUUUAGCUGAUGUAUUUACAAAACAAGAAGAUGAAAGAUAUAAAAUGAAAUUACGACAUCAAGUUGAACGAGAUAAAUUAAUUCUAUCUCAUGAACAAGAAGUUUUACGUUUGUGUGGAAAUGCAACACGUUCAUCACAUAAUCAAGAUACACCAUUAAGUUAUUGUUCAUUACUUAAAGAUAAUGAAGUUUAUAAUGAUCCAUCAAUACAAUUACCAGAAAAAUUUAUUAAUAAUGAUUGUACAAAUACAGAAUUAAAUAAACGUGGUAAACAUCGUUGGAAUGGACGUUCAUUUAUUAAAUGGCUUGAAGAUUCAAAUCUUAAAUAUAAACGUCUUAGUUGUGAACUUAAUGAGCGACAACGUCUAGAAGCAGAUACACUUUAUUCAAUGCAACGUAUGGUUUGGUUAAAACAUUUACCAAAAGAAUCUGCUAGUUUAUCGUCAUCAGGACGAAUGAGUUAUCUUUUAACUGAACGAUAUUUACCUAAAGUUGAAAUAAAUCCUAAUUUUUGGACUACUUGGGAAACAAGUCCAUUUUAA